GAACACGAAAACGAAAAUACAAGAAGAAAAACGUUCUACGACACAAAAGUGUUCCUUGAGUUUCUGGCGGCCGAAGGUGAACGCAGAAAAAUCGAGGAAAUCCACCCGAACGAGUUGGAGAGGGGUUGUCAAAGGUUUGUCUUAAGUGUCCGAAAAAAGAGCGGCGAAGAGUAUGAACCGUCAUCAAUCAGAGAAUGGUUAUCCAGUAUCUCUAUUAAACGACAAGGAGUUCAGGAUAUCCUUAAAAAGAAGCAAAAACUGCUAAAAUCCCUGGGAAAAGGAAACAAGCCGAACAGUAAUGGCCCAUUGACCGACGAAGAGAUCGAACAGUUGUACAGCGAAGGAGUGUUAGGAAAUGGUACACCAAGAUCACUUUUGAACACUGUCUGGCUUAAUAACUGCAUAUUUUUGGAAUGCGGCCUGGGAAGGAAAAGGGACCUCUGCUGGGGAGAUUUAGAGCUGAAAGUCGAUGCAGAAGGAGUUAGUUACGUUCAGUUUGCUACCGAACGACAAAUGAAAACUGGCACUGGCGAAAACCCUAGAGAUGUGAGAGAAACAAAGCCAAAGAUGUCUGAAAAUCCAGACAACACCGAACGCUGUCCAAUCACUGCUUUCCUGUAUUAUCAAGAGCAUAGACCAGCUCAAAUGUUAAACGAUGACUCGCCGUUCUAUACCUGGCCAUAA